AUGGUGGCCAGCGCACGUCUCCAGGCCCGGCCAAAGGAUCCCUCUGAGUUCCAUGUUGUGGACUGCAUCAAACCAUUCAACAUAGGGACAUUCGACCUCGUCCUAGGCAUCUGGCUUUUGAACUAUGCCAAGAGCCAGACGGAGCUGUUGACAAUGUGGCAGAAUAUCUUUCGCAGCCUGAAGCCUGGGGCACAAUUUCUCGGAAUCAUUCCAAAUUUCGAGAUACUACAGACGACUGCCAGCGGACAAGAAUACCACUUCGGAGGACUGACCUACAAAGUGCUUGAACGGAUGACACAAGGUACUCGCAUUCAGGUUAUUCUCGACACUACGGACCCGAUAGCAUUCUUCUGCUAUAUGCUUGAACCGAGGUUGCAUGAGGAAUGUGCAACUCAGGCUGGGUUCAGCAACUUGAGAUGGGAGCCGCUUCCCCCUGAAUUCGACGUGGACUUGGGUCCUCUUUUUUUCCAGAUUGUCACUGCUUCGUGCCCCAAGUCAUAG